AUGGAUGUAACUGGCAAAGUUCUUUACGACAAAAUCCGAUGUUUACGCCCGGAACUUUCGAACGUUGUUACGUCAGAACUGCUGGAUAAAAUUUGUGACAAACCUUUGGUACAGCCGUUUUUGAAAUGGUUCUGCAAGAAUGUAAAUUACGUCAACAUUUUGUCAAACGAAGAUAUCCAAAUAAAGAAUAAAUUGCAAGAAAUGAACGAAUGGUUGGAAGACUCGGAAUUGGAUUAUGCAUUGAAAGAAGCAGCUAGAGAUUGUCCUGAUUUGUUAAGAAUCAUUUCCUUCGAUGAUACGGAUGUCAACAAUUUGUUCAUAGAAUACGAAAUAGUAAAGGAUUCCUACAAGGAAGAUGAAAAUUAUAUUCACAAAUUGCAGAAUGGGAUUCAAAAUUUAAAAAAAUUGGAAACAGAGUUAGAUGAAGAUAUAGAAAAAAAAGGAGAAUUUUUGGAUAGAGAAAAUAUUAAAGCAAAUAGAGCAUACAAAGAGUGUUUUGCCAUUCUAAAGAAAUUUGAUGUUGAGAAUCAUCAAUUUUUUAAAGAAGUUGAAUGCCUUUUGAAUGUUUAUGCAGAUGCAGCAAAAAAUAAAGGAAUACCACUAUUGUGGACUCAAAUGCCAUUGGAACUUUUUAUUAGAAAUAUAGAGCUAUAUAAUCAAUACUUAGACGUUUAUAUAAAACGACAGUUUGGAAACACGUCUAAGGAAGAGCAAAAGAUUGUUUCUAAUUAUGUUUCCUUAAUCGAUAACAAUAAAGAAAAAACCAUAGAUAAUGAAAAACUACUGGAACUCACGCUAUGUAAAACAAACUUAACUAAUGCAAAACUAGAAGAAAUUCUAACAAAAGUACAAGAGGAAUCGUACAUUGCAAUGUUGAAUUACAUAGAAGAUAUAUAUAAUUUAGGACAUUUGAAAGUACCAAAACAUUCUGAAUUAAGAACAGAAAUUUUAAAGCUAACUAGAAAGAGGGACUUCUUAGAAGAAAAUAUCACUUUGUUACAAGAACGUCAGUUAACAGAAGUAGCGCAACAGUUUUCACAGUUGGAAAUAACCAAAAUUUUAAAACAGGAUGCACAUGCGAGACUUGAACGAGCAAAAAGUCAUUUAGAAGAACUUAAAAGCCUACGAUUUCUUGCGCGGGAACGUGGUCAUGUGCGCAUUGAUUUACUACGAAUGCUAAUGGAAAUGCAAUUUCAGUGUCUUAAAAAUGUUUCUGAGUUUGUAGCGGAUGCUUAUCACUAUUUAAUCACGGAAUAUUCACUAUCAUCUACCAGAUGUUUUUUCGUUUCAAUGAUGUGCAGUGGCGAUAAUAUACAUCAAUUAAAUUCUGCAUUGCACAAAUAUAAUGACAUUAUAGACGAAAAUAAAACCACGAAACAAUUUAUACUAAAAACUUAUUUAACUUCAAAAGUUCACAAAUUAGAAUCUUUGGAAAAUGAAGUAAAUUUACAAUAUUUAAAUGAGAUUGAGAAAGGACCCACACAUACAUUUAAAUCAACCUCUUUUAAUAUUGAGACAUGUCACAAUGAAACAUUUAAUAAUUUACAAAACAUACAAACUGAUUUGACGAAGAUACGAAGUCAAAUGAAAGAACGAUUGAAAGCGGACACAAACUUCGAGCGAGGAAAAAACAUUCUUUGGCAACAAUUUCUAAUCGAUCCUGAUACAUUGAGAAGAACGUACAAGCAACUGAAGAAUAUGACAAAUAGAUCUUGUUUUGAUGAUGCAUAUAAAAACGAAUUAAAUGACUCAUUUACCAAAUGCCAAAUGUAUCUGUAUUCUCAAUAUACCGGCCAUGGUCACUGAUAGUGACAAAAAACGAACAAAAGACGAAGAUGAAAAGAGCGAAGAAGGAAAUUGUAGGAAGAAAGAUAAAAAUCACAUUAAUGUAAUAAAUGUACGUGUUUGUGAUUAUCUUUUAUCUAUUUAUAUGCUAUAUAGUGCGACAAAUCUAUAAAUCCAUUCCAUAAAGUCCGUAUUCUUGACGAC